ACCGACGGGAGCACCGGACACCGGUCCCCCGGGGGGCUGGGGCCGGCAGGGAACCGAGUGGGGGGGCGUCACCGGGAAAGGAGCACCAGCACCGGUGUCGGGGGAUGUACUGGCAGCGGGGGUACCGGCACAGGGGGGCUGUAGCGGCACCGGGAGUGGACCGGCACACAGCGGGUGUACCGGUAUUGGGGGCUGUGCUGGCACCGCCGAUUGUGAUGUACCGGCACCGGGAGCUGUCCUGGCGCCUGGGACAGUAUCGGCACCGGGGAUAUACCGGCACGGGGGGUGCACAGGCAGCGGGGGCUUUACCGGCACCGGGGUUAGAGCAGCACCGGGAAUGUACCAGCGAUGGGGAGAGAGCAUCACCAGGAGGAGCCUCCGUGGGCACAUCCCUCACCCCGUGCCCUGCACCGCCAGGCCAUGAAGACAGAGAAGGACGAGGCUGUGCCCACCUUCUCCCUGCGGGGUAAAUACGGUGGAGAGGGGACAGGCUGCAGUGAGGUGGCUCUGCCCGGUGCCCCAGUGUUGGUGGCUGGAGGGACCCCAGCCCAGGACCUGCGGCCCCUGAAGCGCAGACCUGUCCCAGGGAAGCACUACCAGUGCUCGAGCUACGGCUGCAAACUGGCCUUCCCCAGCAUGCAGGAGCUGAUGGACCACCUGAAGGUCCACUACAGACCCACACAGUCCCUCGAGGGCAAAACCUUCCACUGCCCCACGCUGGGCUGCACCGAGACCUUCCCCAGCAUGCAGGACCUCAUGGCCCACAUGAAGGUGCACUACAAGCCAAACCGCUACUUCAAGUGUGAGAACUGCCUGCUGCGCUUCCGAACACACCGCUCCCUCUUCAAGCACCUGCACGUCUGCUCCGACAGCGCCAGCAGCCCCGCGCCGCCCCCCAGAGCCGACAAGCCCCUCCUGCCUCCUGCUGCCUCCGCCGUGGACAAGGAGCCCCCGGCCAAGCCGCACACCGAGGGGCUCCCCAAGCUCCCGCGUGCUCUCCCACGGCCCCUGGAGAAGGAAGCCCUCCUGCCCGGCGCGGACUCUGCCGCGGCGCCGGCCGCGCUGCCCACCAGCCUGCCCGAGCUGCCCGGCUCGCUCGAGGCGCUGCCGCUGGUGCCGCCGGCCCCGCACCCCUUCCCGCUGCUGGAGCCCGGCCUUUUCGGCCCUUCGUCCUUGACUCGGUUCUCGGGGCCACCCCCGUCCUCGAUGCCGGGGCCGUUCCUGUCCUACGUGCCCCCCUCGCCCUACGCGCUGCCCCAGCCCCCGGCGCAGCACCGCCUGCGGCCCUUCCUACCGGGCCACGGCCCCGCCGUGUCCAACGCCGUCUGGAAAAAAAGCCAAGGUGUGAGUGUCAGCCCACUCCUCCCAUGCUUUGGCUCAGGAGUGACUCCAGGGCACUCCUCCAACAGCCGCAUCGUGUGGGAGCACACGCGGGGCCGCUACUCCUGCACCCAGUGCCCCUUCUCGGCCGCCUCCCGCGAGGAGAUGACCCUGCACAUCGAGGACCACCGCAAGAACCCCCCACCCGGGCGCCUGGACGCCGAGAUGGAUUUCGGGGUGGGUCUCGCCUCCUUCCACACCAAGAUGACGCCGGAGAUGGAGAACUCCCUGUACUCCCAGCUCUGAUGCCCCGGCUCUCACGGGACUGCUCCUGCUCCUGCUCCUCCCCAUCCCUCCCCCCGAGCCGGGCGGGGGCACCGCCCAGCCCCUGCCACUGGGCUGGGACAGGGAUCCCUCCCUGGGCACCGGGAGCACCCCCAGCCCAGCCCGGGGUGCCAGAAGGACGGAUGUUUCCUCUGGAAUUUUCUCCCCUCCCUUUUAUUUUCGGAAACUCUUAAGCACCCGAACCCCCUCGUUCUCCCUCCCCCUAAAGGUUUCAUUGCUUCAGCCCCCGUGGCUCUGGUAGGAGCCGGGUAGGUUGCUCAGGAGUUAGUGGACUUCUCUGGAAUGAAACCUCGGAAUAAUAAAUGGGAAUUGUACAGGA